ACAUCAGUCAACACGUGCGAGUGAGGUUAGGAAUUUUUCGAAGAGAAAACUAAAAAAUAUGACGAAAUUACGAAAACAGAGGAGAAGAAAGGUUUAUCGGCACAACGGAAACCGCAAACGGCUCCGAAAUAAGAUAGAAAGUGUGGGAAAAAUUUCAUGUAAAGAAAUUAAAGAAGCUUGGGACAAACGUAAAUCAGUUAAAACGAAUUUAGAAGAAAUGGGCCUUUCAUACGAUCCUAAUCAAACUCUCGGAAUUCCUAGUAAUAAACAGAAAUUGAAACUUUCAAUCACUUCUAAUAAUGAUGACUGGGAGGAAGAGCAACUAGACACCAAACCGACGAAAUCUCACGUAGCGCAAGCUUUAGAAGAAGAUGCGAGAGCUCCACGAGUUAAACUGUUCAGACUUCCCAACAGCCAAGUUGAAUGGGUUACUUACCUCAUGGAUAAAUACGGAAAGGAUUACAAAGCAAUGGCACGAGACAAGAAAAAUUAUUACCAAGAGACUUGGAAGCAAAUUCGGGCGAAAAUAAAACGGUUUAAAAGCAUACCGGAGCAGUACCAAGUCUAUUUGAAGCAGAGAAAUAAAACAAUAGAAGACAGCGAAGAAAGCGACGGUCUUUCAGACGACGAACUAUAAUAAAUGUUUUUAAUUUUAAUAA